CGCGCGAUGUUCAGACUAAGCAAUCGUUUUCCCGCCUUUCUGGGCGGUCUACGCCACGCCUCCUCCGCCGGCGAUGGUCAGCGGACCGCCCUCUAUGACUUCCACGUGCAAAAAGGUGGAAAAAUCGUCAAUUUUGGAGGCUAUGCUCUGCCCGUUCAGUACUCUGACCAGAGCAUCAUCGCCUCGCAUUUGUACACCCGCCAGGUGGGUUCCAUCUUCGAUGUGUCCCACAUGCUCCAGACACGAGUCUUCGGCAAGGAUGCGGCAGCCUGUUUGGAAUCUGUCUGCACGGCGGACAUCCUGGCCACUCCCAAUGGCAGCGGCACCUUGACCGUUUUCACCAAUCCAGCAGGCGGCAUCCUGGAUGAUCUCAUCGUGAAUAAAGUUAGCGAGAAAGAGCUCUAUGUGGUCUCCAAUGCGGCAAUGAAGCAGCAGGAUAUGGGAAUCAUGAGCGCAGCAGUGGACAACUUCAAAGCCCAGGGCAAGGAUGUGACCAUUGAGUUUCUCACUCCCACCGAUCAAUCCCUAGUGGCUGCUCAGGGACCCCAAGUGGCAGCCAAUCUGUCCAAACUUCUGCCAAAGGAUGCAUCCCUGGAGCAACUCUACUUCAUGACAUCCUUCGUCACCACUCUGGCUGGUAUUCCCAAUGUACGGAUCACAAGAUGCGGCUAUACUGGAGAGGAUGGUGUGGAGAUCUCCGUGGAAUCCAACCAGGUUCGGCACCUCACCGAAGCCCUACUUGAGAGUGGCAAUCUGAAGUUAGCUGGCCUGGGUGCCAGAGAUUCACUAAGACUGGAGGCAGGUCUCUGUCUCUAUGGCAGUGAUAUCGAUGCCAAGACCACACCUGUGGAGGGAGCCCUCGCCUGGUUAGUGGCCAAGCGACGACGUGCCGCUCAAGAUUUCCCAGGAGCUCAGGUGAUCCUUAGUCAGCUGAAGGAGGGUGUGACACGAAGACGUGUGGGAUUAAAAAUGCUGGGAACGAAACCCCCACCAGCUCGCUCGGGAGUGGCCAUCUUUAGCCAGGGUCAGCAGGUGGGUCAGGUGACCAGUGGCUGCCCCAGUCCCAGUGCGGGAUAUAAUAUAGCCAUGGGCUAUGUGACCGAGAACCUCAAAGCGCCCGGCACCAAAGUGGAGCUCAAGGUGCGGGAUAAGCUCUACGAGGCCGAAAUUGUGAAAAUGCCGUUUGUUAAAGCCAAUUACUACAAUAAGCCCAAGAAAUAAAUGUGAAGGGAUAAAUUUGGACCUUAUAACUCU